UGUUCAGCGUUCUGCCAACCAAGCUAGCUAGCUACCGCUAGCAUUAGCUGGUAACUUAAGGGAAAGUUUGCUGUUUUUUUGUGUACUGCUGUACAUGGAGAUGUGCCAGAUGUGAAGUGAUUGCCUCCAGGGGGUCCUGAGAUAUUUAAUAUUACCCCCUACCAUUGUCGCUCUUACUAUGUCAUUUUACAGCUGCAUUAUACUAAUUAAUAACACACUAGUUAUAUUACCCAGUAUAUAAAAAGGUUUAAAUUAGCUCCACCAUGACAACAUUAAAAUGCUGCUCACAUGAUAAUGCAUCAGUAAUAUUUCAGUGAUGAAUGGGCCAAUCCUGUGUAAGGGUAGUUUUACUUACUUAAUACUUUGUACUUUUACUCAAGUAUAAACCUGAAAGCAGGAAUUUUACUUGUAAUGGAGUAUUUUUACACUGAGGUACUGCUACUUUUACUUAACUUAAAGGUCUCAAUACUUCCACUACUGGAAUAAACCAGUUUCACCACAUUUAUGAGAUGGUAUAAUUUUCAGAGCGCACUGAUCGCAAGUUUCUCACUUUACUAACUACUGUUUCAAGGCACAACAAGUACAGUGGAGCAGUCACAGCAAUACAAUUCUUGUUCUCAGCAAAUCUUUCUUAUUAUGGUGUAUGUUGUGGGGGUUACCCAAAAUGUGGUCCAGGCUAAUGUUAACGUUAAAUAUGAUACGAACAAACAAUAAAGAAAUGUAAGGGAAAAUGCCCCAGUGAAUUGAACCCUAUCACCAAUAAGCUUGAACGUGCAUAAUAUCUGUGUGUCUAUAUCUUCCUCCCUUGUUUAGUAGACUGUCUAACCACAAAAACGUCUGCAGCUAUGUGUGUUUGCUCGUAUGUUUGAGUUACACUGAGAUGCCUGUGGUAACAAUAACUUCAGUUGUUAGAGGUUAGAGGCAGCUAACUUUUUCCCCCUAAACCAAACUAUUUUCUGAAAAGGGCAAAAUGAAAAGAAAAGAUUUAAGCACGAGGGCAAAGUUGCAUUCUUCUGAGAGAAUUGCAGUGAGAGCAGAAGUGUCAUAACCACCUGUUACGGAAACACCCUCAUUUAAAAAGCACACAGGAAGUAUUGCACAGUCACAUUUUGAAAAACACCCGCAGCACUGUUCGCUGAGAGGAGAGUGAUGGGAAAGAUGCAUGGGCAGCGUUGCAUCUUCCUGCUCACCUUCAUGGUGGCUGUUGCCAUCCCGGUAUCUUUGGCUUUCAACAUUGAUGUGAUAACUCCUGAUGUCUAUACUAAUGAACAAAAUGAUUUCUUUGGAUACAAAGUGCUCCAGUUCAUGAAUGGCACGAACAAAAAGGGUGGUGAAAUAAUCGUUACUGCACCGUUGCAGCUAAAUGGAUCUGGGGGAAUAUGCAGAACGGACCAAAUCCAAACCACCAAGUGCUUCAACCCUGAAGAUUUUUCUCCAACAGACACAAAAAUACCAAUUAAGCACUUUGGCUUGUCAAUAGCUGAGGACUCCAAACGCUCCCAGUUCACUGUUUGCAGUCCAAGUCUAGUCCAUGAAUGUUAUGGGAACUCCUAUAUGAACAGCGUGUGCUACAACAUCACAGAUCAUCUUGAGCCAAUUUCCUCUUUCAGUCCGGCUUUCCAAGAAUGUGAAAAAAAGACAGUGGACCUUGUCUUUCUAUUUGAUGGAUCAGGGAGUAUGACCGAAGCAGAGUUCAACAAAAACAAAGAUUUCAUAGUGGAUAUUAUCAACAGCCUUAAGAACUCAUCAAUCAAGUUUGCAGCAGUUCAGUUCUCCACAGAGUACAACAAAGUUUUUGACUUCAAUGAAUAUCAAAAGGGGAGCUAUCUCGAAAAACUUAGGAACGAACUCCAUAUGAGGAGUCUCACCAACACACACAGAGCCCUCAAAUUUGUGUUUGAAGAAAUCUUUGAGAACCAAAAAGCAGGUGCCUCUGCUGAUGCAACUAAAGUUCUGGUACUAAUCACAGAUGGAGAUCCCAGUGAUUCAGACUAUUUUAAGACUAUCAAAAGAUAUGACGACAACAACAUUAUUCGCUUUGUCAUUGGGGUAGGGAGACUGGCAAACCUGGAUAAAUUUAGGGGCAUUGCUUCAGAACCGACAGCAAAAUAUGCCUUCAAAAUUUACAACUAUGACGGACUCACAGGAAUACUGGAAAACUUUCAAAAAAAGAUCUUUACAAUGGAAGGCUCCAAAGUGGCUCGGGCAGGAGAAAUGACUAAUGAAAUGUCUCAGAGUGGAUUCAGUGCUGUCUUCUACAAAGAUACCUUGAUUCUGGGUUCAGUGGGAUCAAACAGCUGGCGUGGUUCUCUCCAAGAACGUCAUGAACAAAAAGAAACACAAAUUGAAGAUCCUGACAUGCCAAUGGACUCCUACAUGGGGUAUUCGAUUGCUGUUGGAGAGAAGAAUAAUGCUCCUUUAUAUUUCACGGGUGCACCGAGAUUUGAGCACAAAGGACAGGUCGUACUUUUCACACAUGAUGGCACAAACUGGACCACAACCCAAAGAAUAAAUGGGAAACAGAUCGGUUCGUACUUUGGUGCAGAGUUGUGCUCAGUAGAUGUCAACUCAGACGGUGACACUGAUUUCCUGCUGGUAGGAGCUCCACUGUUUUACCAGCCUCAGGAGAAGAAAGAAGGCCAGAUCUACAUCUACACACUGACUGAUGAGUUGAAACUGGACAGUGAACUGACUGUGACUGCACCAUCCAUGGGGAGAUUUGGCACCACCAUAUCAAGUCUUGCAGAUCUGAAUGGGGAUGGACUCCGAGACGUUGCUGUUGGAGCCCCCCUUCAGGAUGAUAACAGGGGGGCGGUCUACAUCUACCUUGGUGACGGACACAGAGGGAUACGCAGCACUUUCAGCCAGAGAAUCAUGGGACAGAAAAUAAAGCCUGGGCUGAGAUUCUUUGGACAGGCCAUUGCUGGGGACAUUGAUCUUGGGCAGGACGGACUCCCAGAUAUUGUGGUUGGCUCACAGGGCACUGCUGUUGUCUUAAGGUCCAGGCCCGUUUUUAAUGUCACGUCACGUCUCUCUUUUCAACCUAAGGAGUUAAGCACUGAAUCAAUUGACUGCCUUGAUAACACUGAUGCACAUUUACCAAUGGUUACCUUACAAGCCUGCUUUGAAAUGGUAGAAACAACAAAGUGCAAUGCAGCGGCAAUGGACCUAGGACUGAACAUCUCGUACACACUCAAUGUGGAUCCCAAGAGACAAAUGUAUCGAGGGUUCUUCAGUCAAACCGACAAGAAAGCAAGGAAUAUCACCUCAACCUACGAGCUGACGGAUGCAGAAACCUGCUUCAACUUCUCCAUCUACAUGCCAAAAUGUGUGAGAGACACAUUAUUGCCCAUCAUCAUCAAUCUAAACUUUUCUCAAGUUGACAGUGAGCUCGCAGGUGCUGUCCUGAACAUGGACAGCAAAAUGCAGGCUGUUGUUCAGGUUCCCUUUGAAAAGCACUGUAGAAAAAAUGACAUCUGUAUUGCUGAACUUGAGGUGGAUUUCAAUUUCAAGACCAAAACAUUAUUGGUGGCAGAAAAUACAUACUUCAGCGUCUCUGUAAAACUGUCCAAUCAUGGAGAUGACUCAUACUACACCAGCCUAACAAUGCACUAUCCUCAAGGCCUCUCCUUCUCCAGGAUGACUCUUAAAGAGUCGACAAGAUCAACGCUCCACAGCUGUCAAGAUCUACCUGGAGAAGGCACAAAAAAAACUGUGUGUAAUGUCAGCCCUCCUGUGUUUCGCAGCAAAUCAUCUGCAACAUUUAUAACUUCUUUCCACAUCAUGGAGGACAGUGAUUGGAAUGACACAUUGUUGAUGACCAUUACUGGAAACAGUGAUAAUACAAACUCCAGCAGGACCAAUUCCCAGACCAAAAACAUCACAGUGAAAUUUGAAAUUAAAAUGGCAGUCACUGUGAAAGAAGAUCCUAUCACUUAUCUGAACUUCACAACAGAGGAUACUGGACCGAAAAAAAUGGUUACUAUAUAUAAGCUAGAUAAUAUUGGUUUCAAGGCCUUUCCUGUCGAUGUGUCCCUGUUCUUCCCAACUAAACUGGAACAUAACUUUGAAAUGACGAACUAUCAAGUCUAUGUCCAGCAGAACAAAAGUCAAUGCACAGGUGUUACCGACAUGGUACCGAAUUCUGAAGUACCGUACUGCUCGCCAGAAAAAAAUUGCAAAGUCAUAGUGUGUGACAGUUUCAUCCUGGAGAGAGAAUCAUCCACUGAGAUUACACUGUCAGGAGACUUACACUUUAAGGAUCUAAAACAGCAUGCAGCGAAUAUUGCCUUUCUUAAACGAUAUACUGGAGACAGCGCAGAGGUUAAAUUUAAAAGCUUUAUACGUGUUAACUAUGACAAGCAACGAUAUAUGCUGAAUUCUUACAAAGAGGAGAGGUCUGACAACAUUCUAACAGGGACAAUGACUGAAGUUCGUGUUGAGUUCAUAAUCCUCCCGAAUGAACUGCUGAUCAUUGCAACUGGAGCUGGAAUGGGACUCUUGCUUCUGCUCAUAAUCACAGUCAUCAUGUUUAAGUUGGGCUGUUUUAAGAGGAAAACGCGUAACGUAGAACAGGAGGAAGAAACUGCUCUUCAGGAUGGCAUCCCUGCUAAUUCCACCACUGGCACCACCAACGGGAUCGUCAGCGAAUCAGAGACUGACUGCAUAUCUGACCAACCUUCAGAGGACAAAAAGCUCCUUGAUGAUGCUGUACGGCAGGACUGUGUGACGGUCUGCGAGAGCGAGAGCGAGAGCGAGAGCGAGAGCGAGAGCGCGGGUUCGACGGAGGAGCGGUGAGUUUCCACUCUGCCAGCCGUAGGAGGAGAGAGCGUGGUGGACAGCGGGCUGGACCCUGAACUUUAGGCUUGCGCCUGAGUUUGGAUUUCCAUUUCUACUAUCUCACCAGUAAGGUCUUUCCCUCCUGUGGACUUGGAGGAUCAUGUCGGAUACAUUUUUUUUUCUUUUCUGACUGAGCUCAAACAGGUACUGGGUUGUGCAUAACUAAAUUAAAGGGACUAUUGCUGCAGCAAAA